AUGGAUACCGAAUCAUUAAAACAAAAAGUUAGAGGAUUCUUAGGAAGCACAAGUAACUUAAUUUCACCUGUCAAGGAUCACGAUUUAAAAGAUUUCGUUAGUCAGAAUGGGUAUUGGAAAAUUCAUGACGCUUUAAAGAAAACUACAAAUCAAGAAUGCUCAGUAUUUAUAUUUGAUAAAAAGCAAAACGAAAAAAUUUCAAAAUCAAAUUUAGAAAAUAUUACAACAUUUUUGAAAAAAGAGGCAACUACAUUACAAAGAUUAAGACAUCCUUCAGUAUUACAAGUUUUUAGUGUUUUAGAAGAAACCAAAAAUCAUAUAUAUUUUGCAACCGAACCUAUUUUAGCAACAUUAGAGGAUUUGAUAAAUGAUCAUCGUAAAAGAAAGAGAUCAACAGUGGACUCGUCAUCGACAUCAGAAGAAGGAUAUAAAAAGAAAGAUUUUACAUUUGAAGAAUUAGAGGUCAAAUCUGGUGUUUUUCAAAUUUUAGAUGGUUUAUUCUUUUUAAAUACAACUGCCAAACUCCUUCAUCGUAACAUUUCACCAGAAUCAAUUUAUGUUACAAAGUCACUAAAAUGGAAAUUAGGAGGUCUCGGAUUCACCUGCUCUAUAGAGACUAAAGAACCACCCAUUUCAAAUCUUAGUUUAAACGAUUUAAAAGAGUAUCUUUAUCAAGAGGCUCAUAACAUUUUACCACAAUUGGACUAUUUAUCACCAGAAUUUGUUAAUCAGAAAUCUUUUUCAAACAACUCUGAUUUAUUUGCUGUUGGUAGAUUAAUUUUUGAAAUGGUUUUAAAUUUAGAUGGUCAAGCAAUCGAACCAAACUUAAAAAAUCAAAUGGCUAAAUUAGGUGUACAAUCAUACUACAAUACAAUGCUCGAACAAGCUAGACGUCAAUCAUCAUUAAAUACUCAAAAAUCUGACAGCGCAAAAGUAUGCACCAUUCUUUUAGGCGACUCUAGUCUUCGUGGCGACUUGGACAACUUUAUUAGAUCAUCCUAUUUCAAUGAUACCUUAACAAAGACUAUUGUUUAUCUUCAAAACAUCACACAAAAAGAAGAGGAAUCUAAAAUACGUUUCUACAGAGGCCUUUUAAGUAUAGUUCAACAAUUUUCACCAAGAAUCCAAACAAACUAUAUUUUACCAGUACUAUUAUCAGAGCUAUCAAACGAUCGUAUUACCUACGUAUUAUUCCCAUGUAUUAUGUCUAUUUGUAAUAAUCAUGUUAAAAAAGAAACCUUCCAAUCAAAAAUAAUUCCUGCUGUUUCUCAUAUACUCACAAGCAAAGAACCAAAAGCCGAGGUACUUACUUGCAUACUUGAUAACCUUUCAUUGUUCAUCACAAAGGGCUCAUUAGACUCUAUAAAGAGAUAUAUAAUUCCUGUUAUUUUAGGCUCCCUAUGUGGCCCAACUCAAGAAAUCAUCUACCAAUCACUCUCUUUGGGUCAACAAAUCUUAAAAUUCUUUGAUACCGAAACUAUUCAAAGUGGUUUAAUUCCAAGAUUAACAAAUUUAUGUGUUGGUGGCUUCCCAGUCCAUAUUAGAACUAAAGCCAUUAAUUGGUUCACCUCUAUAGUACCCUCAAUGGAUAAACCAGUUAUUGUAGACUACUUAAUCCCAAAUUUAGAAAAGAUUCUAUCUGGUGAUAACUCUCCAGCAAUUUUAGAAGCAUUAGUACAAACCUAUGAUGCCAUUUCAAAAAAACUAGGGGGUGAGUUAUUGGCCCUCAAAGUUUUACCAGCUUUAAUCCCUUUAUCAUCAGAUAAACAUUUGGACUUACAACAAUUCAAAACAAUAAUGAAGGUUAUUAGAGAAAUUUUAAAUGCCUAUGAAGGUGAACGUAUAAAUGAACUUUCAAACCUACAAAGAUUUACCAAACCAGAAGCCAGCACCCAAGCUUCAAAUACUGAAAACAAUAUGUUUGGUGGUGACCCAACUCCUACAGCAACUUCAAUAACUCUACCUUCAAACUUUGAACAACAACUCAAUAAUAACAACAAUACCAGUAAACCUGACCCAUUUUCUUUAUUAAACAACCCACCAACCACCCCCACCAAUAAUAAACACGAUCCAUUUUCCUCACUCUCACCAUCCUCAGCGACAACUACAAAUAAUGACCCAUUUUCUUCAUUAUCACCAUCAUCAAACACAGGAAUAACAACUGGUACAGAUAAAUCAUUACUUUCAUCACCAGAUUUCGGCUCAUUAAAUAGAAACACUGCAUCACCCUCCUCAUUCCAAUCUAUCAAUAUUACACUGCCUCCACCUGUCAAACCUAAAUCCCCAUUAAAUAAUAGCUCCAACUUAAACAAAUCUAGUAAUAGCUCAAUUAUGAAUAGCAAUACUAGUAGCAGUAAUAACUAUAACUCAACCUUAUCAUCACUUAACAAUCUAAGUAUGAAUUCUACAAGCGCACCACAACCAAACAGACCCAACAGCGGUAGUAUUUUUGAUUUUGAUGGAACUAACAAUAAUAACAACAACAAUAACAACAAUAUAUUAAAACCAAACAACACUUUAGCUCCAUCCUCUUCCUCCUCCUCAAAUAAAUCUAGAUAUGAUAUUAAUUUAGAUGAUUUUACCAAUUCAAAUUCCUCUUCAUCAAUGGGAUAUAAUAGUCAAACUAGUAGUAACAGUAAUUUAAAUUAUAAUUCGACUAGUAAUUUUUCACAACAAACCUACAAUACCAAUGGCUUUGAUCAAGUUUUAAAACCAUCAUCCUCAAACCCACCAUUAAAUCCUUCAAACCAAUCAAAUCAAUCAAAUCAAACGCUAUCAUAUAAUAACGACCUAUCAUUUAAUAGUGCUUUUGACAAUCAAAAUAACUACAACUUUAAUAAUUAUAAUAGUAACAUGACAAGUAAUAACAAUAUGAAUAAUUUCUACAAUAACAAUAAUAUGAACAAUAACAACAUGAACAAUUUUUACAAUAACAAUAAUAUGAUGAACAAUAACAAUGACGAUUUUUACAAUAAUAUGAACAAUAAUAUGAAUAAUAACAAUAGCAAUAAUAACAAUAAUAUGAACAAUAAUAUGAAUAAUAACAAUAAUAAUAAUCUAUAUAAUAAUAGUAAGUUCAGUAAUAGUAGUAAUAACAAUAACAGUAACAACAAUAACUUUUGGUAG